CAGUCAUAAAACCAAUUUUCAAUUCACUAUUCAAUUUCAGUAUCCCCUUUAUCACCAUCACCAAACCCUUCCCUUCCCAUUUUCAGACCAACACACCGGCAACAAUUGGAUCCACCCAACGGCGGAGAUGGCUCUAUCACGCCGUUCUUCCAAUCUCCUAAAACCCCUCACCACCGCCGUAUCCUACACCCAAUCUCUCCGCCGUCCAUUCUCAUCGUCUUCCGACGACACCAUCACCGUUGAAACCAGUGUCCCCUUCACCAGCCACAAAUGCGACCCACCCUCUCGCACGGUCGAGACCUCCCCGAAAGAGCUCAUGACCUUCUUCCAUGACAUGGCGCUGAUGCGCCGCAUGGAGAUCGCUGCGGACUCGCUCUACAAGGCCAAGCUGAUCCGAGGGUUCUGCCACCUCUACGACGGCCAGGAGGCGGUCGCCAUCGGCAUGGAGGCUGCCAUCACCAAGAAGGACUGCAUCAUCACCGCCUAUCGCGAUCACUGCCUCUUCCUCGGCCGAGGCGGGACCCUCUUUGAGGCCUUCUCCGAGCUGAUGGGCCGCCGCGACGGCUGCUCUCGGGGGAAAGGCGGGUCGAUGCAUUUCUACAAGAAGGACAGUGGGUUCUAUGGAGGGCAUGGGAUCGUUGGGGCUCAGAUCCCUUUGGGUUGUGGAUUGGCCUUUGCUCAGAAGUAUUCCAAGGAAGAGCAUGUUACCUUCACGAUGUACGGUGACGGCGCGGCGAAUCAGGGUCAGUUGUUCGAGGCCCUUAAUAUGGCUGCGCUUUGGGAUCUUCCAGCAAUCUUGGUUUGCGAAAACAAUCAUUAUGGAAUGGGGACGGCGGAGUGGAGAGCGGCGAAGAGUCCGGCAUACUACAAGAGAGGGGAUUAUGUUCCUGGUUUGAAGGUAGAUGGUAUGGAUGCUCUUGCUGUGAAACAAGCAUGCAAAUUUGCUAAGGAGCACGUUUUGAAGAAUGGACCCAUUAUUCUUGAAAUGGACACUUACAGGUACCAUGGUCACUCUAUGUCUGAUCCUGGGAGCACCUACCGCACACGUGAUGAAAUAAGUGGUAUUAGACAGGAGCGAGAUCCAAUUGAAAGAAUAAGAAAGCUGAUAUUAUCUCAUGAUCUAGCCACUGAAAAAGAGCUCAAGGAUAUUGAGAAAGACUUGAGGAAACAGGUAGAUGAAGCCAUUGCUCAAGCCAAGGAAAGCCCGAUGCCAGAUCCUUCUGAACUCUUUACCAAUGUAUAUGCGAAAGGCUAUGGAGUUGAGUCGUUUGGAGCAGAUAGGAAAGAAGUCAGAGCUGUGCUUCCUUAAAGAAAAAAGCCCCCGGGGAAAGAUUCUAACCUGUAUGCGGAUCAACAAAAAGUAGUUUAGGGAGAAAUUUGAAGAAUAAAAGUUGUACUGAAAUUUUUUCAUCCCUUCCUCGCCGUCGUUUUUUUUCUCCCCUCUUGAUUUAUAGAAGAUGGUACCAUUUUCUGGUAUGGUCAGACUUUUACAUUUUGGCGGUGCAGGUAUAGUUUGGGGGCACAAUGGCCAAUUCUGUGUAUGAAUUUGUUGAAAACGGCUCCUUUUGUGCUUCUUUGAAUAAAUGCUUUGAUAUAUAGUGUGAUUUUUAGCGUAAAA